AUGCCCUCGCCCACCGACGACGAAACGCCCUUCCCUGCGCUGAGCCACGCCGCGGGCCUCAAUCUCAAUGCGCUGGACCGCUCGCACCUGUCGCCGCACGAUGCCUUCACGUACCCGCUGCGACAGCCGUACGAUGGCGACGGGCCGGCCGAUCCGCUGUCCCAUCUGAGGCACCUCAAGGACGACCGCAGCAGGAGCCGGCGCCGCAAGAGGGCGUGGAAGAAGCUCAUGUGGGUGAAGCAGUCGUAUCCGGACAACUAUACCGAUCAGGCGACGUUUCUCGAGAACCUGCAGCGAAACCCUCGGCUCAAGCCCUACGACUUCUGGCCGCUGGUGGCCGACUCCACGGUGAUUCUGCAGCACGUUUGCUCCGUCAUCCUCUUCAUCGUCUGCUUCGUGGGCAUCUUCCAGGAGCGAGUCUCGCCCGUGUCCCUCGUCAGCGGGAGCAGCUUCGCCACUUUUCUGGGCUGGAUCCUCUGGGAGCGAUGGGUCUCGGAGGAGGAGGACAAGGAGGACGAAGUGACCGCGGGCGGCGUCGCUGCCUCUGCGACCAAGACGGAGAGCAUACGACGACGAGCCCGCGCGGCUAGCAUUCGUCGACCGAUCAUUACGCCACGUUCCAUUUCUACCACGUCGAGCCGUCCGACGUCGGAAUCUUCUUCUUCGCGUCCGUCUGCGGGAAACUCGACCAUUAAUAUCAAAGUGCAGAUCCCAGAUAAUGAGCAGAUACGGGCAACCAUCAUUCCGUCUCCCUCUUCCACCACCUCUCCGACCUCGCCCACAUCACCGCUGUCACUAGGGGGAACUUCUCGGCACGGCAUCAGUGCCGAUGGCCAACCAUUACUGCGUAGGGCUAGCUCGGACGUGAUGCCCGACUCUCCAAUAAUACCAAACGAGGCAAACCGCCUACACCAGCGCCUCGGCACAAUUAAAUCAGCUUUGCUAAUCUACUGCACGCUCCUCGGGCUCAGCCCCAUUCUUAAAUCUCUCACCCAGUCCACCUCGAGCGACAGCAUCUGGGCCAUGUCUCUCUGGCUACUGGCCAUCAACAUCUUCUUCUUUGACUACUCAGGCGGCGUCGGGACCAAAUUCCCUGCGUCGCUGUCCACAAAUGCAGCCCUAAUGGCCUCGACGGUGCUAGCAAGCCGCCUACCUUCUACCAAGCAGGUAUUUUGCCUGACGCUUUUCAGUAUCGAAGUGUUUGGUCUGUUUCCUGUAUUUCGACGAUAUGUUCAGCACCGCAGCUUCAGGCAGCAUGUGAUUCUGACCGGGCUGCUGAUUCUCGGGGCGGGAUGGGGCGUGGGAGUCGUGAUAGCCGAGCAGAAGCCUGACUGUUGGCCGUGGAAGCGCGGCAUCGGAGGCAUGGUGGUGUCUGUCCUUAUUGCUGGUAUAGCGACGGGUGGGUGCAGCUGGUGGCUGAUUGGGCUGCAGAGGUAUAAGAACGAGAUUCGGGGGCCUUGGGACCCUGCGAGACCUAUUAUUAUGAGCCGGCAGCGUUGGGAUGAUGAUCGGUGA